AGAAGAAGAAAAUUUUGGUGGAUAUUUUUCAAACUACGUCAAAUUUCCAAACUCAAAUUUCAUCUCCUUAAUGCUCAAAUCUUGUUCAUUUUUAACUACGUCCAUUUAACUUAUAUUAGACACGUGUUUGCAUAUAACAAUUGUUCUUCUAAAGUACGAAUUGCGUAGCUGUGAAAUAAUAAAAAUCUAUAAAUACAUAAUUAAGCGCAUAUUAAUGAUUUAUUUUCUGGAAAAACAAUUCUUUUUUAUGUACCAUUGUUUGGCCCAGGUGUUGAUAAAAUUCAACCGAAACACAUGCAAACGCCUUACUCCUGCCAUAGUCUAGAAGUUGAAUCCAACCAAAACCGCACCAUUCUAACAUCAUCAGAUUUUUCAAAAUGUUAAAAGUGAUCAAAGAACUCAAAUUCAUAUCCAAGGGUACACUAAUACAGCUUUUUUCAGUCUUAGUUUGUACGCUAGGAGCAAUAUCCGAUGGAAUGCAAUACGGAUGGUCGUCCCCAAUGAUACCAAUACUGAGAUCAAACUCAACACCCUUUAAUGUAACGCAGCAAGACGAAUUUUUAUUGGAACAGCUCUACUUAAUUGGGGGAGUGACAUGUUUACCUCUUACAAUACUCCUGAUAAACAUGGUUGGAAGAAAAGGUAGUUUGGUAUGUGCGACGUGUGUAAGUUUACUCUGUUGGAUAUUGAUUGCCCUGCCGGAGAGGAUUGAGUGCAUCUUCAUUGCGAGAUUUCUGGCUGGAUUUGCAGGUGAUGUCAAUUUUGUAGCGGCACCAAUGUACAUUGCUGAAGUAGCACAGAAACACAUUAGGGGUGUGCUAUCUUGUAUUUUAUUGAUAAUGUUACACAUAGGAUUACUGAUUAUUUACAUUAGUGCCCCCUUAAUUCCUAUAUAUGCCUCUUGUUUAAUUGGUAUUGUAAUAUCGGUAUUACAAUUGGGAAUACUCAUUUGCAUUCCGGAAUCACCCUAUUAUCUCCUGAUUAAAGGAAAAACUGCGCAAGCAGAAAGGAACCUAAGAAUUCUCAGAUCAAGUCCUGUUAAACAAGAAAUUGAGGAAAUGUUAACCGCCGUGGAAAAAAAUAACGUAGUCAAAGGCAAAGUUUUAGAUCUGUUUCUCGUGAAAAGCAACCGGAAGGCUUUACUGAUAGUAAUUAUGUUACAUGCUGCGCAAAAUUUCAGUGGAAUCAGCGUCAUGAUUAUGAACAUACAUUUGAUUCUGGGAGCUAGUAAACUGACGUAUCUAACUCCAAUGUCGAUCGGUAUAAUUUUUGCCUCCAUAAUGUUAUUCACAUCAUGCAUGUCGGGCUUUUUUAUUGAUAAAUUUGGAAGGCGCACCCUGUUGAUAAUAUCCAGCCUCCUCGCUGGAACGUCAGUUGCUUGCCUUGCUGUUUAUCUAACGUUACAAAAUUACGGAGAAGUCUUUGAUAUUUCGUGGAUUCCGAUCACGGCAGUCAUGAUAUACGCAUUGGCGUUUAGACUUGGCUUGGGAAUAGUACCUGCAGUUAUGUCAGCCGAGUUGUUUCCGCUUAACGUUAAGGCUUUGGGAAUGAGUCUUGUUGACGUGGUCUACAUGAUUUUUGCUUUGCUAUCAAUUCAGAUUUAUAAAAUUUUAAGUGAAAAUGUUGGUAUGGAUGUACCGUUUUACAUUUACGCCAGUUGUUCAUUUCUAUCAGCAGUCAUCGCUUUCAUCUGGCUUCCUGAAACCAAAGGGUUGUCACUGGAGGAAAUACAGUUUAUGCUUAGAGGGGAAAUCAGUAGUAGUGAUGUUGUUAGUAAAAGCUAGUUUUGUAUAUGAUUAUUAAUGUAUAAUUGACAACUUAUUAAAUAAGUUUUUUGUACUUUAAACAAAUUACUUUAGAAAUAAUUUUUAUAAUUAUCUCAGUUUAACAAAACAUGCAAUUUACAUUAUUAUACUUAUUUAUUGUUUAGUUUUAAUAAAAUCAAUGUUU